AUGCCCCCAAAACCUGCAACAAACACUAAUAAACCUACUGCAUCUUCUACUGCAGUAAAGCCAACUGGAUCAACAGCUCAAAAAACAGCUGUUACAACUUAGGCAGUAUAAAAGCCAUCGUAGACAGUUACAAGUACUGCAAAUAAAGCAGUUUCUUCUGUUAGCAAUAAACCAGCAAUAAAUUAGGCUAGCAAACCUUCUCAGCAAGCAGUCUAAAAACCUACUGUUGCAUCAAAUACAACUAAGCCAGUUGUAAGUAAUUCAGGAGUUAAAACUAAUUCUACUUUAGCAAAAGCUCCAUUAAAUACAGUAACAAAACCAGGUUUAGCUAAUAACAAAGGAGCACCCUAAUCAUAAAAUCAAAAAGUAGAUCCAGCUGCUGCAAAAAAAAAAGAAGAAGAAGAAAAGAAGUUAUAGGAAGAAAAGCUUAAAGAAUAGUAAAAAGCAGAAGAAGAGGCAAAAAUAAAAAAAGAAGAAGAGGAAAGAAAGCAAAAAGAAGAAGAAGAAAAGAGGAUUGAGGAAGAAAAGAAAAAGAAAGAAGAAGAAGAGAAGAAAAAAAAAGAAGAGGAAGAAAGAGCUGCAUUAGAGCUAGCUGAAAAACAAUAUAAAGAGGCUAAGUUAGCAGAGGAAAAGAGAAUAAAAGAAGAAUAGGAAAAGUUGAAGAAUGGAAAGAUAAAUGUUAAAACAAAUACAGGCGGCUUAACUUCAACUGUACCUUUUACAAUAAAAGAUGGGUGUGUAUCUUAUGACUUAGUAGAUGAUGAAUUAGCUCUAUCAUUUGCUUAUGAAAAAGGCUACUAAUUCUUUUUAACAGUAGAGAAAGAUGGAAAACCUGAUGAAUCUGUCUCAUUUUUUAGUUAAGGAUCAGGAAAAAAUAAAACAUUUAACAAUUUACAAGCAGGAACAACUUACUGGUGUGUUGUUUUGAAAAAUGAUGCAGCUGAAAGUAAAAGAAAGGCCUACAAAGUAGAUGAAAGCUCUUUUGGAGGAUCUAAAAGCAAUGAAAAAAGAGGUGAGGGUUGUAGUUGUUUAUAUGGAAAUCCUUGUGUGGAUUAAUAUGUUUGUCUAGACUGGAAUAACAGAUUCACAAUAGCAAAAUAAAAUUUAGGAAAAAAGUGA